AUGGCCGACCACUACGACUCGGCGAUCCAGGACUCUCCCACCACCUCGCCGCACCCCUCGAGGCGGCCGAGCAUGGUGGCACCCCGUCCCUCCUACCCCGCCAGCACGGGCGGCGCCUCAUUGUCCCGCCGCUCGUCCCAGCACCGUUCCGGACCUAUCCCUAUCUCCCGUGCCGACUACUCGGGGCCUACCACGCCCUCGCUCCUGUCUCGUGCCGGUUCCCCUACGCUUCCCCUCACGAACGACAAGGUUCUCAGCCGUAAGAGCAGUUUCGCCGGCGAUGCGCACGGAGCGCGCGCUGCGCUCGGAGGUGGUCUCGGUGGUCUGGGCGGACUGAGUGGCUUCUCUGCGCUUUCGCAGCUCGACGGUCAGAGGCAGCUGCGCAAGGGCGAGUUCAUCGGAAGUUUGGACUGUGGUACUACCUCUACCCGUUUCAUCGUGUUUGACGAGAAUGCGAAGAUCAUUACCGAGCACCAGACCGAGUUCGAGCAGGUCCUGCCGUACGCGGGAUGGCACGAGCAGCGACCAGAGGACUUGGUUGACGCCAUGCGGGAGUGCAUCAACCGUGCGUGCUACAAGCUCGAGUGGGCUGGGUGGUCGGCGGACUCGAUUCGCGGUAUCGGAAUCACGAACCAGCGUGAGACGACUGUGUGCUGGUCCAAGUCGACGGGCAAGCCUCUGUGCGACGCGAUUGUGUGGGACGACACGCGCACAGUCGCUGUCGUGCGUGAGUUUGAGGAGAAGCUGGAGAAGGAGGGUAUCGAGCUUGAGGAGGCGAACGGAGACGGCAAGCCGAAGCGCGUGACAGGACGGCAAGGUCUCGUCGACAUUACGGGUAUCCCGCUGUCGACGUACUUCUCGGCGAUCAAGCUGCGCUGGAUGCUCGACCACUACAAGGAGGUCGCCGAGGCGAACCUGGCCGGUGACCUCGCUUUCGGCACUGUCGACUCGUGGCUCGUGUACAACCUGACCGGUGCGCUCGACGGGGGUCUGCACAUCAUCGACGUCACGAACGCGUCGCGUACGCUGCUCAUGUCGCUGAAGACGCUCAAGUGGUCCAAGCCGCUGCUCAAGUUCUUCGGCAUUGACGAAUCUGUACUCCCCGAGAUUGUCCCCUCGGCCGCGGUCUACGGCAAGAUCCAUGAGAGCAUGGAGACGCCGCUGACCGGCGUGCCGAUCGCCGGUAUUGUCGGUGACCAGCAGGCGGCGCUCGUGGGUAACAAGUGCCUGCAGCGCGGCGAGGCGAAGAACACGUACGGCACCGGUGCGUUCGUGCUGUUCAACACGGGCGACGAGAUUGUCCACUCCAAGAACGGUCUCAUUACGACCGUCGCGUACCAGACGGGCAAGGACGCGCAGCCCGUCUACGCCCUCGAGGGCUCCAUCGCCGUCGCCGGAAGCGCGAUCAAGUGGCUCCGUGACCAGAUGACCCUGAUCGAGGAGUCGGCCGAGAUGGACAUGCUCGCCGGCUCGGUCAAGGACACGGGCGGCGUGUACUUUGUCACUGCGUUUGCCGGUCUCCUCGCCCCGUACUGGGACCGCUCGGCUACGGGAACCAUCAUCGGCAUGACGAGCUACACGACGUCGGCGCACAUUGCGCGCGCGACGCUCGAGGCCGUGUGCUUCCAGUCCCGCGCCGUCCUCGACGUCAUCGAGAAGGAGGCCAACAUCAAGCUCGAGGGUCUCAAGGUCGACGGAGGAGUCACGAACUCGGACCUGGCGAUGCAGAUUCAGGCCAACUCGACCGCGCUCGGCUCGGCGCUGCUUGCGGGCCACGCGCUCGGCCUGUUCGGGUGGGACCUGAACAAGCCCGAGACGCUGUCCGAGGUGAACACGGCGGACACAUUCGUGUUCAAGCCCGAGAUCAGCGACAAGCAGCGCGCCAAGAUGAUCCGCGGGUGGGACCGCGCCGUCGCCCGCGCGCGCAACUGGCACGAGGGCGAGGACGAGCUCGAGCUCGAGGAGCGCGAGCUCCAGAUCGAGAAGAAGGAGGGCAUCGUCGACCUCACCAUGGACCUGGGCAAGGCUACGCUGCAGUCGUCCCCGCCGAGCCCCAAGAUCCUCUCCGACCCUGGACCCGUGCCCAAGCCUACUGCCGCGCAGGCUUAG